AUGGCCUCCAUCCGUGCCGAGCCCCCACCGGCCGCCGCCGGCCUGCCGCCCUUCCGGCCGGUCCCCGUCCACGCCGUCCAGUCUCCCCAGGCACCGAGCGCAGUCGUCCGCUGCCCUCCGCCGCUACAGCUGCCCGCUGCUACGGGAUCCGUGGAUUGGGCUCCACUCCAGCCGGGUCUUGGCCGGUUGUCCCUCGAGGCCGCUGUCCCUCCGGCCGCCGCCUGCCCACAGCGGCCGGUCCGCCUCGGCUACGAGUACGGCCGGCCGCCGCCUUCCGCCGCCGCCGCCACGACCCGCACCGAGUCGGACGUGUCAGGUAUGCGCCGGCGUCCCUCUCCCUCGCCGCCGGCUGCCGGUGCCUUUGCCGACCCCCUCGAGGCCCGCUGCCGCUCGCCAGCAGCCUCCAGCCGCCCUCCGCCGGACCGGCUAGGAACUGUCACCGCUGCGCCCCCUCUCUCUAGACCUGUUGGUGCCGGUCUAGAGAGAGCCCGACCGGCGUUUGUCAUCCUCGCCACCGCCGCCGGUGAGACCGGCCUGCGUCUCCACGGCCGCCAGUGCUCCCUCCAGCGGAUACUCCAGGGACCGCCGCCGCUAGGGUCCUCUGUCUCCAGCGCGGCCGAGCCGGGCGAGACCCAGACCCGCUGA